UUCACAACGUGUGAACAUGUGUUUAAGAAUUUGGGAUUUAAAAUACAGUAAUUUGAUGAUAGGCGUAUCUGUUUAAAUUGCUACAUAUCACACUUCCUAGCAUUGAAUAGUUAAAUUUACAAAAUGGUGAAGAAAGGAAGAGCCCGAAAACUUAAAAGUAAACGAAUGACUUGUAAGAUGAAAUACAAGAUAGCAAAAAAGGUUAAAGAACAUGAUAAAAAGGUCAAAAGAAAAAGCAAGAAAGAACCACAUAGAAAGCCAAAGAAAGACAUCGGAAUACCAAAUUUAGCUCCAUUUAAGGAAACAAUCCUGCGAGAAGCAGAACAGAGAAAAGUUAGAGCAGAAGAACUGAAACAACGUCAGAAAGAACAGAGACACAAAGAUCUUUUGAAGAAAAGAAAAUUGGAACACCUGACUAAAGAUGCAGAAAGGAAACAGAAAGAAUAUGCUAAAAAGAUGUUGUUGAUAGGCGAAUCAGACACAGGACGUGAUACACGGAAAGAAAUAGAUUCCACACGAAGGGCUUACUACCGAGAGUUCAAGAAAGUCCUGAACUCGGCUGAUGUUAUCUUGCAAGUACUCGAUGCACGGGAUCCGCUGAGCUCCCGAUGUACGGAACUGGAACAGGCUGUGUUAGCUUCUGGAUUGGAUAAGAAGUUGGUGCUUGUACUGAAUAAAAUUGACCUUGUACCAAAAGAUAAUGCAGAAAAAUGGUUAAAACACCUACGAAAUGAAUUUCCAACAGUUGCUUUCAAAGCAUCCACACAAACACAGAAACAUAAUUUGGGUCGAAAUAAAACUCCUGUUAAUUUAGUCAGUAAAGAUCUUCUACAAUCAAGUCAGUGUCUAGGAGCAGAGUCAUUAAUUAAACUCUUAGCUAAUUACUGCAGGAAUGCUGGUAUCAAAACAUCUAUCACCGUUGGUGUAGUAGGUUUUCCUAAUGUUGGUAAAAGUAGUUUAAUCAACAGUUUAAAAAGAGCAAGGACGUGUAACGUGGGAGCCAUGCCAGGUGUUACUAAGUCCAUGCAAGAGGUUCACCUGGACAAGAACAUUAAAUUACUCGAUAGUCCAGGUGUUGUGCUGGCAUCAGGGAAUGAUGACACUGCCAUGGCACUCAGAAACUGUGUUAAGAUUGAAACCCUAGAUGAUCCUAUUAUACCAGUUGAGGCAAUAUUAAGAAGAUGUAACAAGAACCAAUUAAUAAUGCAUUAUUCGGUGCCAGACUUCAGUGAUGUCCAUGAAUUUCUGUCGUUCUUAGCCACCAAGCAAGGGAAGCUGAAGAAGGGUGGGGUGCCAGAUGUGGACAAGGCAGCUGUUGGAGUUCUAAUAGAUUGGAACAGUGGAAAGAUAACAUAUUACACCCACCCGCCAGAGCAGCAUACCUUACCAACACACAUCACAGCGGAGAUUGUCACAGAACUAGGAAAAGCAUUUGACAUAGCUGCCAUUGAAAAUGAACAAAAAAAGAUUUUGCAAGGUACACAUGCUAAGCCAAGCUCUGCCAUCCUGUUUGAGUCUACAGGCCCAACCAAAGGGGUGAUUAAUGAUGAAGAUGAUCUUAAGAGUGUAGAAGAAGAAAUGGAGGAUAGCGAUAGUGAUGACGAUGAGGAAGAGGAAGAAUUAAUGGAAGAUAGUGAUGAAGAAGUUGUGAAGAAAGAUAAGUUGUCAGGGGUAACAGUCAACAUGUCUUCAAAGAGGGGAAAGCAGAAACUAGCCCCGGUUAUGGCACCUGUUGCUAAGUUACCAGCGUAUGUGUUCUCAAAUCCAAACGAAAAUGUUGACGUUGGGAACGAUGAUCAUAAUUUACAAAGCAACAAGAGGCAGAAGAAAUCCUACAAGAAAAUGCUGAAGCAGAGACGAAGAGCAGAUGCACUUGCAUCAAGUUUAUCCGACAACCUCACCGCAGCAUUUGGAAUGUUGGGCGGCGAUGACGACAAUGAUAAUUAUGAUUUCAAGACUGAUUUUAAGUAAAGUAAAAUGGGUUUUUAAAAGAAAGAUACCGGUAUUUUAAAGUUUUAUAUCUACACCCUGGCUUUUUAUUAAUGAUAUUAAAAUCUGACCUUUGAUUACAGGAUAUAGGCUUUGAAUAUUUUGGUUUUUUUUAAAUUUUUUUUUUCCCCAAGAGUUUUUAAAAACUCUACCUGACAGUAUGGAAAUGUUAAAUUACAUGACUAGGGAUACUCCCCAGGCAGAAAAGAAAUUUGCAAAUGUGAAUAACAGGUUGUUACAGACAGAUGAAAGCACUGUUUUCUAACAAAGAACCAAAUAAACCUAAUAAAAGAAAAGAAAUGUAAA